AUGAAAGUCAAUGGGCUGGAGCGGCAUCCUACUGUGGACAUAUGCGCAAAGCUUGAGAAUAACCUCACACCUGAUGUGAGACUGGUCAGCGAUGGGGGACUGUUUUCCCUGGAUGGAGUACCGUCGAUUAGCGGAGAUAUCAAAAUGCUGAGAUCUGAAUGGCUUGUUUGUUCAGAACCCUCACUGCCAAGGAUCUUGACACACAUCUGCCUCCAUCUGCGGACCGUUCAUCCACUGGCCGCUAUCUCAACGUCGUACCGCCUAUAUGGCAAAGGCUCUAUGGCGAGAAUUUACCGGCAAGGAGAGAAGUUUUUGACCGAGCAGGGCUCGAAGGACUUAUACGGUCAGAUGACCCUGCCGUUCGAUCAUGGGCGCGAUGAGCUACAGCUUCGGUAUCAAAUCGAAUCAUUGGCCUAA